AUGACCUUCAAGAUUGCCAUCGUCGGCGGUAGCGUCGCCGCCUUGGCGCUCGCCAACAUGCUCGAGAAGUUCAACAUUGACUAUGUUGUUCUCGAAGCCUACCCCGAGAUUGCUCCCCAGGUCGGGGCCAGCAUCGGCUUGUUGCCCGACGGAUUACGGAUCCUUGACCAGCUUGGCUGUUACGAAGCGUACCGGGCCAGAGCUGAAGACCAAGUAUACCAACACGCCUAUCUUAGAGGGGAGAAUGGUGAAAUCUCCUGCUAUCAACAUGAUCUGAUGGACAUGCUCGGAUAUCCUAUGAUUUUCAUUGACCGGCAGAUGCUCAUCCAAGUUCUGUACGAGAACCUGAAACAUUAAGACAGAGUGUUAACCUCGCAACGAGUUG